CUUACGCUCAUUGCGCUCGCAGCCUCGCGCUCACUCAGGUCUCAGUGGUACUGUUUAGUGUUUACUCUCUGGCAAUAUCGUGGUCCACAUUACAGGGGUAGUCUUGUGCAACGCCAUUUUCUAUCUGGGUUUUUCUAUCCUUAAUUGAGUUGCAGUUCAGCAUUCAAUCAAGAUGGUGAACGGUAAUGAUAAUGAGUCUAACUCUGAAGAAGGUCAUGUUGUUAAGAUUAGAGGUUUGCCAUGGUCAACCACUGUGGAUGAAGUUAUAGCAUUCUUCGGUGAUUGUCGCAUUCUCAAUGGGAAAAAUGGCGUUCACAUGACUAUGUCUAGAGAAGGUAGACCAAGCGGUGAGGCAUUCAUUGAAAUGGAAUCGGAGGCUGAUAUCGAAGCAGCUUGUAAAAAAGAUAGAGAUCAUAUGGGUCAUCGCUACAUAGAAGUUUUCAAAGCUAAGCGAGGAGAAAUGGAGUAUGUGAUCAAAAGAAGUGGAUACAAUCUAGAAAAUGCCAUGGAUGAUGGAUGUGUCCGAUUGAGAGGUUUACCUUUUGGAUGCUCAAAGGAAGAGAUCGCCCAAUUUUUCUCAGGGUUGGAGAUAGUGCCAAAUGGGAUCACGCUACCUACGGACUACACGGGCCGCAGCACAGGGGAAGCCUAUGUUCAGUUUAUUAAUAAAGAUGUCGCAGAGCGUGCUCUGCAAAAGCAUAAGGAGAAAAUAGGACACAGGUACAUAGAGAUAUUCCGAAGCAACUUGUCUGAAGUACACGCUAGUAUCGGCCCCAAAAUGCGAGGUGGACCGAUGGGAGGUUUUAACCAGAGACCUGCUCCCUAUGAUCGUGGUAACAGAUUUGGAGCUAUGAACCGAUUUGGCAACAAUCUUAGAAAUAACAGAGCAGGACCUCGUGAUUAUGAUAAUAAUUCUUGGGGAAAUGGAAAUAAUUUCCCUCCUCGUGGAAAUAUGGGAGGUGGAAUGAGAGGUGGCAUGGGUAUGAUGGAAAUGAAAGGAAGUGGUGAUUUCAGAGGUAACGAUAACUGGAAUAGUAAUCCUGGUCGACACAGUGUUCACAUGAGAGGUUUACCUUUCAAAGCUUCGGAACAGGACAUUGCUGAUUUCUUUAGACCUCUGAUACCAGUGAAUAUUCGUAUGAUUCUGGAAAAUGGUGGCAGAGCUUCAGGCGAAGCUGAUGUUGAUUUUGCCACACACGAGGAAGCGGUUCGAGCUAUGACUAAAGACAAAAGUCAUAUGUCCCACAGAUACAUUGAAUUGUUUCUCAAUUCAAGCGGACCCAGUCCAAAUCAACAUAGUAAUAAUCAACAAGGUGGGAGUAGUCAAAUGCUUGGCGGAAUAGGAAAUUUCUGCGGAGGUUUAAGAGCAUUUCAAUCAGAAAAAUUUCUCCAAAAAAUGAAAAACAAACAAAUACCUCAAAACUAUUUUCCAGGCAUGGUGAACAAUUUCCGAACAGGAUUUUCUGGAAAUAACAGAGGAUAUGGCAAUAACCAAAUGGGAGGGAAUAAUUUCAAUAAUAAUUUCUAAAAAAAACUACAUCAUCCAUCAUCAGUUCUAGCAUCUAGAAAUAAUAUUAGUUAGAAGUAUGCAUAAACAAUUGGGUCAAUGUAAUGAUCUUGAGAAUUGUUUUGUUAUUUUUUAAUUGUAAAAAGUCAUCAGUCUAGAUCAUAAAUUCAAUUUCUAUUUUUAUGGUUAAAUUUUUUAACCAACAGUUCAUUUUCUCGUAUAAUUUACAAACUUGUACAUCGCUAAUUAUUUCUAAUAUUUAAACGACAUAAGUAUUAGUUAUAUUAAUUUGUUAGGUAUAUCAGUAAAAUAUUUGAAUUCAACAGUUCAUAGUCAUUUUCCUUCUAUCCGCAAAACCUCAAGUAAAGUAAAUAUUAUAGAUAUAAUAUUAUACUAAUUAUAAAAUUCCUACCGAUAUUCAAUGAAUGUCAUUUUUAUUGCAACAUUUUGUAUUUGUACUUAGCUAUUAUUUCAUCACAAAUGUACUUAGCCGAAGUACGUGCAUGUAUCAUAAUAUCAUUAAAUGUAUUUUUUCUCACUUAAUACAAUCGUUGUA